AUUUAAGCGGAAAACCUAAUAAUCGUUUGUUGUUUUUUUUUAUUUAUUCAAUUAAUAUAUUUUUUUUUGAUUUUUAAAAAUCCGAAAUAUGUUUAAGUGUAAAACAAAUUAUGAUGCUGAACAAAAAAUUUGGUAUGGUCCAAAAAUAAAAUCUAAUUCUAAUAUUAAUCAUAAAUCAGCUGGUGAAGUUAUUUUAUCUGUUUUGGAAAAAGUACCAAAUAAAGUUAUACAGAUUAGUGCAAAUAAUGGAAUACAAAUCACUGGUAAACAAAUGCACACUCUCAGUAUAAGAGCUUGUCAAAAUCUUCAACUAAAGGGCUUGAAACAGAAUGAUGUUAUUGGAUUUGCAGCUAGCAAUAGUCAUUAUUUAGCUCCAAUAGUUUUUGGUUCAUUUUUGUGUGGAACAACACUUAGUACAUUAGAUCCAUCCUUUAGAAAAGAUGAAAUAAAGCAUAUUUAUUCAUUUACAAAACCAAAGAUAAUAUUUUGUGAUCCUGAGAAUUAUGAAGCUAUGAAAGCUAGUAACGCUGAAUUAAAUUUAAAUGCCUCAAUUUAUUUGAUGAAAGGUCACGUGGAAGGAGUAGAACCCGUAGAUGUAUUUUUAAAAUCAACCGGGAAGGAGUCAAAUUUUAUUCCACCCAAAUUACAAGAUGGAGGUGAUCAAGUUGCAACUAUAUUAUGUUCAUCUGGAACAACUGGUUUACCGAAAGGUGUCUGUAUGUCACAUAGAAUGUUAACAAGACAAAUUGAUUUUGCGAAUUUGACUGAAGAUGAAGUUUUCUUUUGUUACAGUACUUUAUACUGGUUAACUGGAUUAUUUAUGUUAAUCUUGGGAACAAUGAAUAAAUGUUCACGUAUUAUUAUUGAUGAACCAUUUUCAACUGAAACGUUUUUCGAUAUUGUUGAAAAAUAUCGUGUAACGAAUUUAUUAUGUCCACCAUCACAAUUAGCUUUGAUAACACAAAGUCCUGAAUUAGAGAAACGUGAUUUAUCCAGCAUAAUAAAAUUUAAUUGUGGAGGUGGUGCUGUACCAGUUGUAUUAAUAAAAAAAUUUGAAAAAUAUUUAACAAAUGGAUUUGUUUUUGUUGCAUAUGGUAUGAGUGAAAUUUCUGGUUGUUCAAAUAUCGAAUCUCUGAAGUAUAAACGUAUUGGUUCAGUUGGACAAAUGACACCAAAUGCUGAAAUAAAAAUUAUAGAUUCUCAUAAUAAUCAAUUGGGAAUUGGUGAACAAGGUGAAAUAUGUUUAAGAAUAGAUGUUAAAUGGCCCGGCUAUUAUGGUAAUGAAAAAGCAACAAAUGAUAUUUAUGAUAAAAAUCGUUGGAUACAUUCCGGUGAUAUUGGAUAUUUUGAUAACGACGGUUAUUUAUUUGUUGUAGAUAGAAAGAAAGAUAUAUUAAAAUAUAAGAAUUUUCAUGUUUCUCCUACUGAAAUUGAACAAAUUAUAUUAGAAUUACCAGAUGUAUUAGAAGUUUCUGUUUGUGGUGUACCAGAUAUUGUUUAUACAGAUUUACCUACUGCUUUGGUUGUAAAAAAAUCACAAAGUAAUUUAACAUCAGAUGAUAUUUUAAAAUUAGUUGAAACGAAAUUAGCUGAUUUUAAAAAAUUACGAGGUGGAGUUUAUUUUGUUAAAGAGCUACCAAAAACGGCAUCAGGAAAAAUUCAAAGAAAUAAAAUAAAAGAAAUGGCAAAUCAAUUUUCAAAGCAAAAGGAAAUUGCGACGCGAUGAAUGGAAAUUCGAUUUCAAUUUAUUUGCUUUUUCUUUCUGUUCUAAGUUUCUUUAUUUUUUAAGCAAAUAAUUUAAUAAUUUUUGAUGUAGCUUAUAAGUUUAUGUAAAUAAGAUUACAAUUAUGUAAAAAAUAAAGUAAAUUUAAUACAAUUAA